GAUUAUACGAAAUAAAUUAGAGUUAGUAAUGGGAUUUUGAAAUCAAAUUUUAUGAAGAAAAUAAAACAUUUUUGUUUUAUUAGGUAUAUUAUACAGAGAUAUCCAUUUAUACUAUUUCAGUUGUAUACGUAAUCAACAGAGAAUUUAAAGAUGAAAAACGUAAAUAUAAACGACCUAAUGACAAAUACUAGUGUUCUAUAAAUAAAAGAUGAAAAAUGGAAGUAGCUAGUGGCGGAAUUCCAAAAUGAAACUGCAAAUCUGACAUAUAUUUCUAGAACAUUCAGUUAAACGCGUUCCUAUGAUAUCAUCGUAUUAACAUAAUCAAAAUAUUAUGUGAAAAGUCAUCAGAAUAUUAAUUUUUUUUGUGUGUCUAACGAGAACGUGUCAUUCUAAAUUUUGACGUUAAUUAAACUAUGAGUUUGACAGAUAACUAAAGGGUGAAUUAUUUAUUGAUUUUUUCGGAUAAUUUAAUUCAGAAUUUUUGUCGUAUAAGAACAAAUAUGGAUACAAAUAAAGUGGAAUUAUAUAUUUACGAUCUAUCGAAAGGGAUGGCUGCGGCUUUUUCACCUAUGUUGAUAGGGAAAAGAAUUCAAGGAAUUUGGCACACAUCAAUAGUAGUUUAUAACAGAGAGUAUUUUUUUGGUUCUAAAGGCGUCGAAAGCUGUAAUCCAGGCACAACAGCCUUGGAAAGACCUUUAAGAGUGGAAGUUAUUGGAGAAACUCAAGUACCGUAUUCAGUUUUUAUCGACUAUUUAAACGGGUUAUCAGAAACUACGUACGCGGGUUGUACGUAUAAUUUGCUACAUCAUAAUUGCAAUAAUUUUUCCGAAGAGAUAGCUCAGUUUUUGUGCGGAACUUCUAUACCAAAAUAUAUUCUAGAUCUACCUAACGAAGUAUUAAAUUCCAAUUUAGCCGCCAAUCUUCUAUCGCUUGUUACUCAAUUAGAAAAUAGCGCGAGGCCUAUAAGAGAAGAACAGUCCAAUAAUAUCAAGGAACCCAGUCCGGAUUUCGAUCAACUAAAUUCGCAAAUCGAGGAAGCAAGAUACAAUUCUCUUCUUCUGGAAGAACGCCGUAAAACUCUAAAAGAAAAAUUGAUAAGAAAGGAAAAGAAACGAGAGAAAAAACGCAAAAAAAUAUUAGAAUCAGGCGGGGAAUUACCUCCGGAAUUGAAAGAGGAUUUCGCAAUGGCCGAUACAGAUACUGUAAACGGACAAUCUCAGUUACCUUCCGACGAAGCGUUCGCUUUAGAAGAAGAAGAAGAACGUCGAGAAGAAGAAGCGAAGAAGAAAGCCAGAGAACCACCGAUUGUUUAUAAGGAUAUAAUAGACGUUAAAGUCGAAUUCGACGCUUUGGUCGCCCUUAUCGACGGCAAAUUGAAUCCGGAAGAGCAAAGGGCUACGGAGGAGUUGCAGCAAUAUAUGAUCGGGGAUGAGGGUAGUUGGGCUUUGAGUGACGGUUUUUUGGAUUUCGUCGGGAGGUUAUUGAACGAUACUCAACUUUCCGUUGACGUCAGAGUGAAAACUCUCAACGUAUUGGCAAUGGCGGCUUUGAAGGAUGACGUCAUAUUAGUUUUGCAUCAGGACCGGAAAGAUCACAUCCUCAUGAACUACGCUUUCGAAAUCGACAGAUUGAGUAUACAAGAACAGGAAGCUAUAGCUCUAUUCAUGGCAAAUAUGUUCGAAAAUCUCAGUUCCUCCGAAUGGCUACUGUACAUAUCCGAAUGGACUUACAACAAUCAACAAACCAGCAAUAUACGAGUCACGACGAAAGUAGCGGUACAUUCUCUUUUAUCUGAUUCCCCGAUACUACAAGACAGAGGCGCCGCUAUAAUCCACAAUCUUGCUUGCAAGGAGAAAUUCAGAAAUUUUCGGAUUCGUCAGCGAUUUCCAAAAGGGAGUUUAUCAAAGGUGUUCGAUGACGUCGCCGUUGAAUUAACUAUGGCGUUGCUUCAAUAUUUCAAUUCGAAACCACCUGAAGAACAAUUGUACCGAUGUAUGAAAGCAUUGGCGAAAUUCGUUCAAGUAUCUACACAAGAAGUACCACAACUGAUUCAAAUGAUCGGUCCUGAUCCUCGAAGUUUCAAAGGUGUCAGUGACCGGGUCGAUUCUCUAGUUGAUCAAAUCGCCUUAAAGUUGCGGUAGAUAUAUUAAAUCUUAAAUAUAUUUGUCAAUACGAGUUUUAUUUAUUAUUAUAUUCAUAUUGCAAUUUAUUUUGGGGUAAAUAGUAUAAAAGACAUAUUCUCGAAUUUUUUUGUACUUGGAGUAGCUGAACACUACUUUUGAAAACGGGGGACCGAUGAUACACGACAUCUAUCGGUCGAUAACUAAAGAUAUAUCAACUAUGAAAAACAGUCUCCUAUACUUUUAUCUAACUGAUUAAAAAAUGUAGGAAUCAUGAUAUACGACACCUAUCGGUCAAUAGCUAAAGAUACAUAUAUUUUAUAGAAACAAUUUCCGCCACUUUUGUCAUAUAUGUAGAAUCUAAUCUAAAAAAUAAAUAAUUAUCUGAAUUUCAUUGAAAAACGGAGACAAUAAAUUGAUUUUGAUAACAAUAAUUGUGACAACACUGAAAGUCGACGUCACGUAGUUGGCAACAUUGAGUAUGUAACAUGAUUAUUAAUUUUAUCAACACUUUGAAUGUUUAAAUUUGUUUAGUGGCUUCUUAACGUUGGUAACUAACUAACUUUGGAGUUAAUAUAUUAAGAAAACUUUUCGCAUUUUGAAGUUAUAUUUUCGACCUUACUACGUGUAUCUUGGUGUAUCUUGAUCGUUUUAUUAAUUAAAAAAUUAAGACAUGCAAUUACAUAACCUAAAAAACGAAGUGCCUUAACAUUAAAGCAAUCUUAUGAGUUUAUAUAUCUAAGAGAGACGUUAUUGACUUUGAUUUUUGUUUAGUAAACUAGAAAUUUUCAUUUUUUACGGCGCUUCAUCAUUGAACAUUCGGUUAUUUAAUUUACCCACCAGUUAUACUGCAACACACUCAUUUUCAAUAAGUAUAUUGAGUUUCCAGUGUUGCCAGAUGGAUUUUAUUUUCAGAUACAUUCAGUACAUUUCGAGAAUAUGUCCGUACUGUUAUCUGUAGCAUCAAAAAAAAAAAAGAGUCUUAGAGCUUUUUUUUUAAAGAAAGUAUCCCGAAUAAUUAUUUUAAUAUAUUCAAUUUCAAUUUUUAUAAAAUAAUUAUCAAUUUUUUAAUCGUUUUAUAACAUUUGAUUUUUGUUAUUAAUAUCUAUGUGAAAAAAAAUCGAUUUAUCUGUGAUUUGUCUUAUUUCACCUGUUUUUACAAAACAUUUAACGCUCGUGCAACAGAUGCAUUUUCCAGUUUUUAUAAAUUGUUUUAGAUUUUUUCAAAAGUUUACGGUAUGUUUCUUUUUUUUACGUUUUUAUAAUUAUUAAAAAUGUGGCUUCAG